ACCACUACCUGCUCGUCCUCUGCGCCAGCCCCAGCGAUCCCCAUCCCUUAACUUAUUAUAUUAUUUAUCCUCGGAUUAAAUUGUGUAUCCUAGCUCCUCACGAUGUCUCAGCCUGGUACUGAAGGGGAAGAGUCACGCCCGAAGUCGCUGUCGGUCGAACUUGUCGGCCACUGCAGGACUGGGCCGGCCCCCUUCGACAUUCCCGCCGACUUUAUCAUCCGAACCCCUCAGGAAACCAACUGGCACGUCUCUGCAGCUAUUCUUUCCUUUACCUCGUCCUUCUUCCGCGACCUACCCCGAGAGCCGCCAAACCCCGACGGACCGUUCGUCCUUGCUGUCUCCGAGUCCGACGCCGUCCUCGAGGCCAUCCUGCGCUUCUCGUACCCAGGACCGGACCCGAUCCUCCACGACCUCGACGAUGUCACCGAAGCAUAUGCCGCUGCGCAGAAGUACCAGCUCAACGCAGCCACACAGGCCCUCCAGCUGAUGCUACUCGCCCCGCGCUUCGUCGAGGCCGAACCCGUGCGCGUGUACGCCAUCGCGCGCCGCCUGGGCGUCGACGACGUCGCGGAUGCCGCUGCGCUCUAUGCAUGCAAGACCCCGCCGUCACACUGGCCCUUCUGCGACGAGUUCGCGCACAUCACGGCCGCACAGUACCACGACCUCCUCGUGUACCACCGGCGCCGCGGGGCAAUGGGCCAGGAGCUGGGCGAGCCGUGCCGCAGGUGUGGGAAGCAGUGGGCGAAGAAGUACAGAACCAAGGCGGCGAGAGCCCUUGUCGACGCGCCGGCGAGUGUAUGGGUGUUCGAGAUUGAGUUUGUGGCCAAGUUCGCGAGGGAUCUCGAGUGCAAGGAGUGUUCGCACAGCAUGCUCCAAGCUCUACGUCCGGACGGGACCUUGUCGAAGCUGAAGGUUGUUGUGGAACGGCUUCCGCUAAGCGUUAUACAAGGUGCGUCAUGUUGUUGUGACAGAUUGGCGUGCCGCUGCUCAAUGACCAAACGGGGUCGUCGGACUCGUUUGCCUUGUUGCUAUUUACCCCCUAGCCUGGUAUUUAAUGGUACAUUUGGAUGUGCCUUUUCUUGCGAGAGACAUGCUGAUACUUCCGGCAGGCUCUCCUGUCUGUCUGUUGUAUACCAUCCUAUAAUCUCUGUCUAGAAUAAGCAUACAUCUUUUGUAUCGGCUGUGGA